AGUGGUGCGUUGUCAACAAACCAUCUGCGGAUCUGCGCGUCAACUGAGAGCAGCACAGUUUCGCCAGUUUCUCCUGCUAAAUCGUGUCAGCAAAUUCAAUUCCAUCCGUCCAGUAGUGUGAAGUGUGUAAACUGUAUUUUCAACUAGAUUAAUUGCUCUCUGCACUGCACUGCUGCAGUUGGUUAUUAUUUUAAUUUCUGUGAGUUUAGCAGCAGUAGAAAAAUAGUCCGUCUUUGCGGAUGAUGAUGGUGAUAGUGGUGGUGAUGUUGGCUGAUUGUUGCUUCAGAUGAUGGUGCAAAGUGAGUAACCACCAGUGUCGAUUUGCGUGCGGAUCGCGGUGCGACGCUGAGGAAUUUCAUUCAUCAACCAGUGACGUAAGCGAGAAGAAGGUGCUUGAUGACCAAACAGUACGCGAAUGUCACAAUCUAGGAGGAGAAAUAUUCUAGCCUGAACAACCGCCGAAAGAAGACGAAGCAGCGUGCGUAAACAAAAGUGAUGAGGUGGACAAGACAGUAGUGGGGACCAUCAACUUGAGUGCCUUGUUAGCGUGAAUAGUGGAAUAAACGGAAAGACAUGUUUCCACUCUUGCUGCUAGUUUUGGUGGGGUUUGUUCUGGUUCGUAUAUUGUAUUUGGUAGUUGUUAUACGAAAUAAUUCGGAGCGAGAUGGGGGUGGCAUUUGUGCCAAGCGAAAAGGCCCUACCAGGACGAUGAUUGUGAUGGGAUCGGGUGGACACACAGCGGAAAUGCUGCAGAUCGUAGAACAGCUGGACUUUACGAAGUAUGCCCCUCGACAGUACGUGAUUGCCGCUGCGGAUAAAACCAGUGUCGUAAAGGUAAUUGAUGUGGAAGUUCGCCGACAACCGGAUAUAGCUAAACAGGAUUACGAAAUCGUUACGAUAACCCGCAGCCGUCAUGUCCAGCAGAGUUAUUUCAGUUCAGUGUUUACCACGAUGACGGCGAUUGCAAAUAGUAUUCCGGUGGUACUGCGCUCUCGCCCUGAUCUGAUUCUUACGAACGGCCCCGGGACUUGCGUUCCAAUUUGCUUGGUGGCCUUUUUGGCCAAGGUGUUCUUUGUUAAUCGUAACUGUAAGAUUGUAUUCAUCGAAAGUUUUUGCCGCGUUAAGAGCCUCUCGCUCAGUGGUCGAAUUCUGCUCUGGAUUACCGAUCUGUUUGUUGUGCAGUGGCCCGAGCUGGCUAGCGAAGGCUUCACCAGGAAGGUGCAAUUCUUUGGACGCCUGUCAAAGUAGGAUGCCGUGCAAUGCGUUGUCAGCAAGUGCAUAAAUCAAUCCAUUCAAUACGUCGAACCCAAAAAGUGCGUUUGUGUGCCUGUGAGGUGAUCAGCUCUACAGAACUGAGCAAGUGCGUGUGAAGGAAUGAAAACAGAGUGAAUCUUUAUACCGAAUAUCUAAUUAGAACUAGUAAAGUUAGAUUUAACGCAGUGCUGGUAUAUCAUUGUUUUUUGUAUUGUAUGUUUUAAAACUAAUUUAUAGAAUGAAUUUAAUAACACACCAAA